AUUCUCUUCUUAGUUAAAUUAUAUAUUGCUUCCAUUAAAAUGGUCAGCUCCAACAUCAUGGCCAAAACCCCUUCCAUCUUCUCCGUUAUGCUCCUCGCCGGGGUGCUACUAGCUACCCUUCAAACGACGGGUGCUCAAAUAGGCGUUUGCUAUGGAAUGAUUGGCAACAAUUUGCCACCACCAUCAGAGGUCAUAGCUCUUUACAACCAAAACAACAUUCGAAGAAUGAGACUCUAUGAUCCCAACCAGAACGCUCUUCAAGCACUCAGAGGCACCAACAUAGACCUUAUGCUUGGUCUCUCAAAUGAUGAUCUCCAAAGAAUUGCUUCUAAUCAAGCCCAAGCCAACACAUGGGUUCAGAACAACGUACGAAAUUUUGGUAAUGUCAAGUUCCGCUACAUUGCAGUAGGAAACGAGGUUAAACCUUCGGAUUCAUUCGCGCAAUUUCUUGUUCCUGCAAUGCAAAACAUUCGCAAUGCUCUUAACUCUGCAGGUCUCGGAAACAUUAAGGUUUCUAGCGCUAUCGACACCGGAGUUCUCGCAGAGGCAUUUCCGCCUUCAAAAGGCUCGUUUAAACAAGAAUAUAGACCAAUUCUUGAUCCUCUUAUCCGAUUCUUAGUCAACAACAACUCUCCAUUACUUGUCAACUUGUAUCCUUACUUCAGUUACAUAGGCAAUACGAGAGACAUUCGUCUCGAUUACGCGCUUUUCACAGCUCCAUCUCCUGUGGUAACCGACGGGCCGCUUCGUUAUCAGAACCUUUUCGGUGCGAUUCUCGACGCUGUUUAUGCAGCAUUAGAGAAAACUGGUGGAAGUUCGUUAGAGAUUGUGAUAUCGGAAAGCGGUUGGCCUACAGCGGGAGGAACAGCGACAUCAGUUGAUAAUGCAAGGACUUAUAACAAUAAUUUGAUUCAAAAUGUGAAAAGGGGGACUCCGAAGAAGCCGAAAGCAAUCGAAGCUUAUAUUUUUGCAAUGUUUGAUGAGAAUAACAAAAGCCCUGAACUUGAAAAGCAUUGGGGUUUGUUUACUCCAAAUAAACAGGCUAAAUACCCAGUUAAUUUUAAUUAAUUAUUUACUUACAUCUAGCUAAUUGAAGAUAGUAUUUCCUAUGUAUUAUUACUAAAUAAGACUUUUGAGAUUAGCCUCAAAAGAUGGAGCAUAGCUCUUAUGUUGUAACUUGCAACAAUACUGUAAAAUCUCGAAUUCGACUCGAGUUUGAGUCUCAGAAUUAUAUAAUUUCAAGGAAUAAUACCGGAAGAAUAAAAAUUCAACUAAAGACAA